AUGCAGACAUACCUCCUUUCCCAGCAACUUAAUGCUGGGUCUUUGGCAAAAAACUCCACAGCUUGUUCAGCAACUGCUACUAUUUGCAAUGGCACCUCUUGUGUAUUACCAGAAGAUAAUUUUAAUGAAACUUUGAGCAUAGUUUUAAGUACUGUUCUAACAAUCAUGCUGGCUUUGGUGAUGUUCUCCAUGGGUUGCAAUGUGGAACUUAAGAAAUUCUGGGGCCACAUAAAAAGACCCUGGGGUAUUUUUGUGGGUUUCCUUUGCCAGUUUGGAAUUAUGCCUCUCACAGCCUUCUUGUUGGCCCUGGUCUUUGACGUGCUUCCAAUUCAAGCUGUUGUGGUGCUGAUCAUGGGAUGCUGUCCAGGGGGCACAGCCUCCAAUGUCAUCGCCUACUGGGUGGAUGGAGACAUGGACCUAAGCAUCAGCAUGACAACCUGCUCCACGCUGUUUGCAAUGGGGAUGAUGCCACUUUGCCUCUUUGUUUACACCAAGAUGUGGACCGAUUCUGAUGCAAUUGUAUUGCCCUACGACAGCAUUGGAAUUUCACUGGUUGCUCUGGUCAUUCCUGUUUCAUUUGGAAUAUAUGUUAACCACAGAUGGCCCAGUAAAGCAAAAGUCAUACUUAAGAUUGGUUCCAUUGUGGGAGCAGUCCUUAUUGUGCUCAUUGCUGUGGUUGGGGGAAUACUCUACAAAGGCUCCUGGAUCAUCACCCCAAAAUUAUGGAUCAUUGGCACCAUAUUUCCAGCAGCUGGCUAUUCUCUGGGAUUCCUUUUGGCCCGCGUAGCUGGUCUGUCUUGGCACAGAUGUCGUACAGUGUCUCUGGAAACUGGCAUGCAAAACACUCAGCUGUGUUCAACUAUAGUACAGCUCUCAUUCACCCCUGAACAACUUGAGCUGAUGUUUACUUUCCCUCUCAUCUACAGCAUUUUCCAGCUGUUGUUUGCUCUACUAAUUUUAGGAGGCUACCGUGUUUACAGAAGACACCGGGUCAAAACAAAGACAGAUAUUGAGAAAACAGAGGAAACAGAAGAUUCAAAAUCAACGUCAUCACAUGCUAAAAUAAAUGGAGGAUUUGUAUCAAAUGAGAACAAGUAGACAAUUACCUCUUUUCUCACCAGCUGAAAAGAUAUAAGAUAUAUGGUUGGGUUUUUGUUCGUUUUUUUGUAACAUGCUGUUGCUUUAUGGAAAUAUUUAACAAAAGGAGGAGUUUUGCUGAUAUUGUACAGUAAGACUUCAAAAUUAUUAACUUAUGAA